AUGCACUUCGUUAAGUGUGAUUUGUUGCGGAUAUUGUGGUGGUGGGAGCUGGUCUCGCUGGCGCACUGUGUGAGCGUGCAUGUGAGUGAGGAUGCGGAGCGGAGGACGGUGCUGGCCGGCGCGGAGCGGGGCGCGCGGUGCACUUUGGAUCAAGUGCUCGCUCCAAAAUUCACGGAGCGCUUUCUGGAGACUGACGCGGCCGCGGGGGUCGUGUUCCUUUCGGACUCGAUAAAGUGCUCCUCGUUGCCUUCUAACCCCUUUACUUUGUAUACUGUGGAGGACUGCGCGGACUCCGGCUCCAGGCACCUCCUCACCAGUCAGUACGAUGUACACGUCCACGGGAGGAACUGUUCACCUACGCGUAAAAGAAAAUCACAGUGGGACAUGGAGGUCCUCAGUUUGUUCCACAGCCACCACAGCUCGGCGUGCCAUGAAGCAGACUCUGCUUUAUUUCCAGUGGGAGGUCUGCUGCCAGGCCCCCCUCUCCGCUGCAAGGUCGCCAACAGCCGAGAGUUUUACUUCUCAGAGGGGGAUCUGUUUGUGUCACAGACGCUGUGCUGGAGGCAGGACACCUUCCUGGAGCUGGACAUGCUCUGUGAUGUUCUCACCGCAAACGGGAUGAAUGUUGACCCCGUCUCCAUUCACUGGCGUGUGGGACACGGGCCCUUCACGCAGAGCCACAUACAGAAGCUCUUGGAGAGGGCAGCUCAGUCUGACUCAGGUAUUGUGAGCAGAAGAAGGAGAAGCAUCAAUAGCAGCCCCCAGUUUAAGCCCCCCAUGUACCAAGUGUCUGUGGCGGAAAAUAAGCCAGCUGGGACUCCGGUUGUUGUCCUGAAAGCAGUGGAUGUGGAUGAAGGGGAGGCGGGAAGGCUUGAGUAUUUCAUAGAGGCUCUUUUUGACAGCCGCUCUAAUAAUCUUUUUGCUGUGGACCCAGUCAAUGGGGCUGUGUCAACAAUCGAGGUGCUGGACCGGGAGACAAAGGACACCCAUGUGUUUCGUGUGACUGCUGUUGACCAUGGCACGCCUCGACGUACAGCCAUGGCCACCCUCACCAUCACGGUCAGCGACACCAAUGACCACAACCCUGUGUUUGAGCAGCAAGACUACAAGGAAAGCAUCAGAGAGAACUUAGAGAUAGGCUAUGAGGUGUUAACUGUCAGGGCCACGGAUGGCGACGCACCAGUUAAUGGUAACAUCUUGUACCACAUCCUCAAUAGUAACGGAUCCAACAAUGUUUUUGAGAUAGAUUCUAGGUCUGGUGUAAUUCGCACUAAAGGCCUGGUCGACCGAGAGGAGGUAGAAGACUACAUGCUGUUAGUGGAGGCAAACGACCAGGGCCGUGACCCCGGACCCCGCAGUGCCACAGCCACUGUUUACAUUGUGGUGGAGGAUGACAAUGACAACGCUCCUCAAUUCAGUGAGAAACGCUACGUAGUGCAGGUGCCGGAGGACAUGACUCCCAACACCGAGAUCCUGCAGGUCACUGCCACCGAUCAGGACAGAGGCAGCAACGCUGUGGUUCACUUCAGCAUCAUGAGCGGAAACACACGCGGGCAGUUUUACAUCGAUGCCCAGACAGGUAAAAUGGACCUGGUGAGCCACUUGGACUAUGAAGCUAACAAAGAAUACAUGCUAAGAAUUAGAGCUCAGGAUGGAGGAAGGCCUCCGCUGUCCAAUAUCAGCGGGCUGGUCACCGUGCAGGUGCUGGAUGUCAAUGACAACGCCCCCAUAUUCGUCAGCACCCCGUUCCAGGCUACUGUGUUGGAGAACGUGCCUCUGGGUUACUCCAUCAUCCACAUUCAAGCCGUGGAUGCAGACUCUGGAGAAAACUCGAGACUGGAGUAUCGGCUCACCGAAACCACACCGCAUUUCCCCUUCAGCAUCAAUAACAGCACAGGGUGGAUUGUUGUGGCCGCAGAGUUGGACAGAGAGAGCGUGGACUUCUAUAACUUUGGUGUGGAGGCCCGUGACCACGGCUACCCCAUCAUGUCAUCCUCAGCCAGCAUCAGCAUGACCAUUCUGGACGUCAACGACAACAACCCAGAGUUUACUCAGAAGGCGUAUUUCAUGCGGCUGAACGAGGACGCCGCCGUGGGCAUCAGCGUGGUGACAGUUUCGGCCGUGGAUCAGGACAUCAACAGCGUUGUGACUUAUCAGAUUUCCAGCGGAAACACCCGCAACAGAUUCUCCAUCACGAGUCAGAGCGGAGGCGGGCUCAUUACACUGGCUUUGCCCUUAGACUACAAGAUGGAGCGCCAAUAUGUCCUCACUGUCACCGCGAGCGACGGCACUCUCUAUGACACCGCCAAAGUGUUCGUUAAUGUGACGGAUGCCAACACGCACCGGCCCGUCUUUCAGAGCUCGCAUUACACCGUCAACAUCAAUGAGGACAGGCCCGUGGGCACCACCGUGGUCGUGAUAAGCGCCACGGACGAAGACACCGGGGAGAACGCACGGAUUACCUACUUCAUGGACGACAGCAUCCCUCAGUUUGACAUCGACCCGGACACAGGAGCCGUCACCACACAGACGGAGCUGGACUAUGAGGACCAGGUUUCUUACACGCUAGCCAUCACUGCCCGGGACAACGGCAUCCCGCAGAAGUCUGACACAACUUACCUGGAGAUCCUUGUGAACGACGUGAACGACAACUCGCCCCGUUUCCUCAGAGACAACUAUGUGGGCUCAGUGAUGGAAGACGUGCCGGUGUUCACCAGCGUGGUGCAGGUUUCCGCUAUCGACAGAGACUCCGGCCUCAACGGCAGAGUUUUCUACACGUUCCAAGGUGGGGACGAUGGCGACGGGGACUUUAUAAUCGAAUCGACCUCUGGCAUUGUUCGCACGCUGCGCAGGCUGGACAGAGAAAAUGUGCCUGUUUACAGCCUGCAGGCCUUUGCUGUAGAUAAAGGGGUUCCCGCGCUGAAAACACCUGUAAACAUACAGGUAACGAUCCUGGAUGUGAAUGACAACCCUCCUGUGUUUGAGAAAGAUGAAUUUGACAUUAUGGUGGAAGAAAACAGCCCCAUGGGUCUUGUGGUUGCACACAUAUCAGCCACAGACCCAGAUGAAGGCAGCAAUGCGCAGAUAAUGUAUCAGAUUGUAGAAGGCAACAUCCCAGAGGUUUUCCAACUUGACAUCUUCUCUGGAGAACUGACGUCGUUAAUAGACCUGGACUAUGAGUUUAGGUCCGAGUACGUCAUUGUGGUCCAGGCCACCUCUGCCCCUCUGGUCAGCCGAGCCACUGUCCACAUCAAACUGGUGGACAAGAACGACAAUGUGCCCGUGCUGAAAAACUUCCAGAUCAUCUUCAACAACUAUGUGACAGAGAAGUCCAGCAGCUUCCCCACCGGAGUGAUCGGGCGGAUACCCGCCCACGACCCCGACGUCUCAGAUCAGCUUCACUACAGCUUCGAGGUGGGAAACGAGCUGAACUUGGUCCUCCUCAACCAAAGCACGGGGGAGAUCCAGCUGAGCCAGGCCCUGGAUAACAACCGGCCCCUGGAGGCCUCCAUGAAGAUCUCUGUGUCAGGUGAGACCCUGAGAUAA